CCCAGCAAACCAGUGGUUAGGGUUUCUCUUUCUUCAGCAAACAACCUGAAAGUGAAUAGGAGAGGUUAAAGUGACGGCGCCGUCGCUGUCCGCCUUGAUCAAGCCGUCGCUUCGUCUUGGCCCUCGUUUUUGCCCAAUCUCUUCCGUUCAAUUUUAGGCCUUAGUCUUGUACACUCUGUUGAAUCUAUACAUAUACUUAUAUCUUUGAAGCUCAAGCUCAUCAGAAUCAAUGGCGGUGAAAACAUCGAAGGCCGAAAAGAAGAUCGCUUAUGAUCAGAAGCUGUGCCAGCUUCUUGAUCAGUACACCCAGGUCCUCAUCGCCGCGGCCGACAAUGUCGGAUCGAACCAGUUGCAGAAUAUUAGGCAGGGACUUCGUGGAGACUCUAUCGUGCUGAUGGGGAAAAAUACUAUGAUGAAGAGGUCCAUCAGGAUCCAUUCUGAGAAGACCGGCAACAAGGCCUACCUCAACCUUAUCCCCCUCCUUGUUGGUAAUGUUGGUCUGAUAUUCACUAAGGGUGAUUUGAAGGAAGUGAGCGAAGAGGUCUCCAAAUACAAGGUGGGAGCUCCUGCUCGUGUUGGUCUGGUGGCCCCAGUUGAUGUCGUCGUCCCACCAGGCAAUACUGGACUUGACCCAUCUCAAACCUCUUUCUUCCAGGUGCUCAAUAUUCCGACUAAGAUUAACAAAGGAACUGUGGAAAUUAUCACCCCAGUGGAGCUUAUCAAGAAGGGUGACAAAGUGGGUUCCUCUGAGGCUGCCCUGCUUGCAAAACUUGGGAUAAGACCCUUCUCUUAUGGUCUGCAAGUUCUGUCUGUUUAUGACAAUGGUUCAGUUUUUAACCCAGAGGUGCUUGAUCUGACUGAAGAUGAUCUUAUGGACAAGUUUGCUAUUGGAGUUUCCAUGGUUACUGCCCUGUCACUGGCCAUCUCGUAUGCAACACUUGCAGCUGCACCCCAUAUGUUCAUCAAUGCCUACAAAAAUGUUUUGGCUGUUGCUGUUGAGAUUGAAUAUUCCUUCCCGCAGGCUGAUAAAGUGAAAGCGUACCUCGAGGAUCCUAGCAAGUUUGCUGUUGCUGUGGCCUCAGUUGCAGCUGCUGAUUCUGGUGCUGCUCCUCCUGCUGCUGCGGCCGCGGUGGAGGAGAAAAAGGAAGAACCUGCUGAGGAAUCUGAUGAUGACAUGGGCUUCAGUCUGUUUGACUAAGUUUAUGUUGGUUAUUAAGUGAUCUUAUGAUAAUGAACUUUGAAGUUUAGUAGUUUGUAGUUUUUCUUGUCUUUGUUGGGAUUAUGUGAAUUUUAAGGAUUUGUUGUCCUGUUGUUAUGUUUCAGUUGUUUGACAUAUUUGAGCUAUAUUAUGCAGUUAAUUAUGGUAUUGGGUUUUUUUCAUUGCUAGUUUUUAAGCAGCAUCGAGUGAGCAGCA